AUGGCGAGCGCAGCUACGAUAAUUCCAACGCCAGUAGGCGGCGAGCGAACAAUGAACACGAUCUUCGACUACCACCGCGUCAUGCAAGAUCUUACUCGUUCGAAAAUAUUUAUAUUGGAUCAAGUGCCACGAUUCCUAGCGAGUCCGUACACGUUGUUGCCACGCAAUUACCUUAGCGAAGACAACACAUGUGAGAUUCGUUUUCAUCACAGCACAUCGUAUCCGUGGGAAAUGACUCUGAUUAAUCAGCAAGAAGUGGAGAAGUUUCCGGCGUUUACGCCCGUCGUGCCGGCCGACGUUGCAUAUACCGAGCAAGAGUACGAUCAAACAGAAGUGUUUGUGCACAAUUCCAGACUCAACGAGACCAACCGAAUCGAUCAACAGUCGUUCUUGGAGCAGAAACGUCGCAAGAGGAACGACAAUGUGAUCAACGUACCGGACAUUCUGGACUAUCAGAACUCGAUUCCGAUGAACAACACGACCAUAUACGAACCGUUGCGAUUGCCACAGAAUUUGCACGGAGGCGUGGUGACUAUGCGAACAAAAGAGCCGCAAGAGCAGACCAUUUGUGCUCGCACCAAAGAGCCGUCUGGUCGCUUGCGGUUCGUGAUGGCGAACCAACAACAAUUUGCCGAACCAGCAGACGCUGUUGAAUUUUCGGGGAAUCAAUCGCAAACGGUGCUCGAUCACUACAUGCGCUUCCUGAAUGCUCACUCAACGUUGCAACAACAACAACAACAACAACAACAACAACAGCAGCAGCCACAGCGACAGCAGCAGCCACAGCAGCAGCAACCGGAACAAACGAUUCA